AUGAAUUUCUCUCUUACAAACAGGAAUUCCUUUUUAGCCGCUUCUGAGGACGCCAAACAAUGGCACGCGGAAACUGUGACGCGCUACGAGGGUCACAUAGCAAAGUUGGAGACAGAGGCUCGUCGUUACCGUGAGCAGACGUUGAAUCUUUUAACCGAGAAGGAGGAUGAAAUUGCGGGGCUGCGUACAGCCCUCUUCUUGGCUAAUGGAGGAGAAGCCCCACAGGUAGUUGGAUCUGCACCAUUCUCCUCUCCCAGUCUGAACCCUAUUCUCUCAGAGGAAGGCCAUGCACGCGCUGACAGUCAGGUCUUGCCCGACUCAACGCAAAAUCGCGAACAAGUCAGUCACUGCGGUCUUGUCCACUGUGCAGAACAGUACGGACGACUUUCCGUAGAACUGAAGCGUUUACGGAAGGCCAAGUAUGAUCUCGAGCAGCGGCUUGCCGUCGUGGAGACACAACACCGAGAGGAGAAGCAGAACUUGAUGGAAACCCUUCGGGAACGUCACUUGAAUGAGGCAUCUAAAGCCACUGAUAACUCCAGUCUGGUCUACGUGAAGAAUGUCAUAUUCAACCUUCUCGUCGGUUCCGCCUCUUCCCUGAGCAGUCGGCAGGCCAUGCUUAAGGCUCUUGUAAUGGCCUUGAACUACUCCAAGGACGAGGAGUCCGCGUUAAUGCAGAGUGUUAGUUACUAA